UAUCGGUCUCCGGCGGUUGCCGUCUGCCCGCACCCUGACAGACACAGAUCGGUCUCCAUUCCUUGCGCAUCCAUCCAUCCACCACGUACUACACACGUUACUGCAGCGCCCGUUACGCGCAAGGAUCGGAGAUGGAGGUGGAGGCGUCGAUGGCGGCGGCGGGCUUGUGCUGCGUGGGGGCGUGCGCCCUGGCGCUGUACCUGUACCACGUCCUGUGGGUGGCGCCGGAGCGGGUGCGCGCCGCGCUGCGGGGGCAGGGCAUCGCCGGGCCGCGCCCCUCCUUCCCCUACGGCAACCGCGACGAGAUGAGGCGGGCCGCGGCCGAGGCCGAGCGUGCAGCGGCGCCGGCUCAUCGCGGCGGCAUCGUGCACGACUACCGCCCGGCCUUGUUCCCCCACUACGAGAGGUGGAGGAAGGAGUACGGCCCGAUCUUCACCUACUCGAUCGGGAACAUGGUGUUCCUGCACGCCAGCCGGGCGGACGUGGUCCGGGACAUCGGCCUCUGCGUCUCGCAGUUGGACCUCGGCAAGAGCUCCUACAUGAAGGUCACGCACCGCCCGCUCUUCGGCGACGGCAUCCUCAAGUCCAGCGGCGAGGCCUGGGCCUACCAGCGGAGGCUCAUCGCGCCCGAGUUCUUCCCCGACAAGGUCAGGGGCAUGGUGGACCUCAUGGUCGGCUCGGCGACGGCACUGGUGGGGGCGUGGGAGGAUAGGAUCAGCAAUAAUGGAGGCGGCGGCGGCUGCUGCUGCUUGGAGCUCAGGAUCGACGACGACAUCAGGGCCUACUCCGCCGACGUGAUCUCCAGGACGUGCUUCGGGAGCAGCUACGUCAAAGGGAAGGAGAUCUUUGCGAUGACCAGGGAGCUGCAGAAGACGGUGUCCAAGCCCAACCUCCUGGCCGAGAUGAGCGGCCUCAGUUUCCUCCCCACGAGGACCAACCGGGCGGCGUGGAGGCUCAACCGGCAGGUGCGCAGGCUGGUACUGGACGUCGUGAAGGAGAGCGCGGACGACGACAAGAACCUGCUGAACGCCAUGCUCCGCAGCGCGGCGAGCUCCGGCGGCGGCGGCACCGUGGCGGCCGAGGACUUCAUCGUGGACAACUGCAAGAACAUCUACUUCGCCGGGUACGAGACCACGGCGGUGACCGCCGCCUGGUGCAUGAUGCUCCUGGCGCUGCACCCGGAGUGGCAGGGCCGGGUGCGCGACGAGGUGCGGCAGGCGUGCGCCGGCGCGCCGGACUUCACGUCCCUGCAGAAGAUGAAGAAGCUGGCGAUGGUGAUCCAGGAGACGCUGCGGCUGUACCCGGCCGGCUCGGUGGUGUCGCGGCAGGCGCUCCGCGGCGUCACCCUCGGCGGCGUGCGCGUGCCGGCAGGCGUGAACAUCUACGUGCCGGUCUCGACGGUGCACCUGGACCCGGCGCUCUGGGGCGCCGACGCGCGGGAGUUCGAUCCGGAGCGCUUCGGGGGCGCGCGGGCGCAGCCGCCGCCGCACGCGUACCUCCCCUUCGGCGCCGGCGCGCGCACCUGCCUCGGGCAGGGCUUCGCGAUGGCCGAGCUCAAGGUCCUGCUGGCGCUCGUGCUCUCCAGGUUUGAGCUGAGCCUGUCACCGGCCUACGUGCACUCGCCGGCGCUCAGGCUCAUCGUGGAGCCGGAGCACGGCGUGCGGCUCGUGCUCAGGAGCAUCGAGCCUGGGUUCUAGCUGGUGAUGCCGCUGGUCGGCUCGACGCGGUAUGUAUGAUGGGCUGGGCCUCGCUCGUUUCUUCAACUUUGGGCCUUAUUGUUGAAACGGAAGUGUCGGCCCAAGUAUUCACACUGCACUGUGUACUCCUGUACAAAUAUGGAUUGGUGUCAGAGCGUGCUAGUAGGAGAUUUUCAGUGUCUCC